CAACAUCUGCUAAGCUUUUAUGGAACCUGGCAAAUAUUUUAAAAUAUGUAAUGAGACCUGAAUGUGCAAGAGUUAUCUCCCGUUUGUCCUGUUGUUUAUGACAACAAAGAUGGCCGUAAAGACUGUGAUCGUAGAUUUAACAAAUCAACCUGAACGUUUAACUUUCAGCGGAUCGUCAGAGGAAGAUAUCGCGUAUGCUAAAACGUUUUGGCAAUCUUUGCAUCUGCUGCCACCCAUGGAGUCGCGUUUAGUUUCCAGUGACAUCAAACAACGAUUGAGAAUUAUGCCUAUAGGAUAUCGCGGUCCAAAUCGUACUCGGCAGACUCCAAUGGAACCUCUAGUUAUAAAAGAAUAUUUGUUUCGAGCUAAGACUCAGGAGCUUCUAGAAGAGUACAAGAAAUUACGACAGUUUGCUUCAGCGAGGAAUGACAGUCGAGAAACCUUGUCAAGGAGAAGACGAGAAAGAAUUAAGAAAGAAGAACUGUCCCGGGCGUAUAUGCCAUCACGAGACAGCAUGAUGUCAGACAGAUUUAAGAUGAGUGAGGAUGAAGAGAGCGAAGAAGACAAAAGCCGAGCUAUGGAAGAUCUCGAUAAAUUUGAUAAAAUGAGAAAGGAUCACGAAUCUGACUCUGACUGAUAGACAUUAGAUGCUGAAUGAACAUUUUUCUCAAAAGGGACACAGUGUUAGUGGGGAACCAGUUGAUAAAUGGUGUGCAGUUCACAUUUGUGAUAUUAACUAAUUCUAAAUGUUCGAAUAUUUAGUAUUAUAUAUGUUGAUAUUCUAUGAUCAUGCAUGUUGAUAUCCUGUGGUCAUUUAUGUUGAUAUCCUGUGGUCAUUUAUGUUGAUAUCCUGUAGUCAUUUAUGUUGAUAUCCCAUGGUCAGAUAUGUUGAUUUUCUGUGGUCAGAUAUGUUGAUAUACUGUGUAUAUUGAUAUUCCAUCGUCAUGUUUGUUGAUGUCAUCUGUUAUAUUGUGUAUUGAUAUCAUGGGAGUAUGUUUGUUGAUAUCCUAUGAUUCUAUCCGUUGAUAUCAUUUGAUACUGUUUUUAUACCUGUAAUCAUGAUUGUUGAUUUAGUUUUUGAGUGUUGAUAUCUUAUGAUCACAAUAUCUUCUGUAUAUCUUGUUAUGUAUAAUAAUAUCAUGUAGUCAUGGAAUUUGUUAUCCUGUGAUUUUGAAUGUUGAUAUUCUGCGAUUGUGUAUUUUGAUAUUAAUAUCCUGUCACAGGGUUUAUUCAUGUAUGGUAAUAUAUUUUGCCACCCUGAGAA